AUGAAAGCAGGGCCCCUGGUUCUGGAAUCAAUUGCAAAACUUCGGAACCAGCCUAGGAAGUUACUAAAGCUGAAGUCUCCUCCGUCUCUUCGCCAUAUUAAUAACUGCUCUCACUCACUCGGGUCGCAUGCUGUCACGUCCAAUAAAGCCAUCCCGAGCCCUUCGCCUCUGGUCGCCCCACACUCUACUCUGGGUGUGGAUAUUCUCAGCGCUGCAGUCCGAGAAGAUGCUCCUGCAGUUCUCGAGUAUCCGGAAGAGCCUGUUGGUCUUCCGGCGGCGCUGUUACCCCCCGAUAUCCCGGCAUUCAUGGAGGUCCACAUUGGGGACGAGAUUGGACCGCAGGGUCGUUACACAAUAGUCCGCAAAUUAGGAUAUGGAUCGUACUCCAGCGUUUGGCUCGCUCGUGAUAGAGAGUACGUGCGUCGUGGAGCCAGUCGUUGUGUCAUCAGUGCAUUUAUCUCGCUUGCAUUUGAAAGGUCUGCGCCGUCUAAGUAUGUAGCUAUCAAGAUCCUUACCAAACAAGCUACAAGGCUUGUCGAAAAGGAGCUCAUGCAAGAGCCACGCGUCCUUGGUUUUAUGAGAUUUCGCGCCCAAUUCAAGCAGGGUGCAGACAAAUGCGUCAAGCUGUAUGACGAAUUUGUCUGUGAGACGGCAAGAAAUGAUACUGGCCCACAUAUCUGCUUGGUUACAGAGCUUCUUGGGAUGGGUCUCAGUCGUUUUUGCAAACAGUUCCCGCGGAGGGCUUUGCCGCUGCCGCUCCUGAAGCUCUCCAUGCGGCAUCUUCUGAUCGGCUUAAAUUUCAUACAUUAUGGGUGCUCGCUGACGCACACGGAUCUGAAGCCCGACAACAUCAUGCUCGCCUCUCCCUUCUCGGACGAGGAGAUCACGGCGAUUCUGAGGGACGACCCUCCGAAGUACUAUCCCACCAUGUCGAUUUUAGACCGCGAAGUCCGUCCCAUAGUCAGCCAACCACUGCCAACGCCGCCAGUGCCUAUGGAUAAACUGGUUUUCAAGCUCGCCGACUUUGGGCACGCCCAGAUCUGCGAGGAGGAAGUGACAGAUGAUAUCAGUCCCAGAGCGUUUCGUGCCCCGGAAAUCAUCCUGCAAUGCGGAUGGAACUUCAAGGUCGAUAUGUGGGCCGUCGGAUGCCUGGUGCGCCACGAUCCCCAGCAGCCAACUCUCUUCUUCACUGAGUGUCUCCUUCAGACGUUUGAGCUGUUGACUGGAUCGCAGCUGUUUACUCCCGAAGACAACCCUGCCGAAGGCAUCACCGCAGACGACGAUCAUCUGCUGCGUAUCAUGCAGAUCCAGGGCCGUCCCUUCCCCGCUGAAUUCCUCGCCGACUCCUUCAAUCGAGACCAGUUUUUCAAUGCUGAUGGUACGCUGAUACAUAUGCCUACGAAGAUCGAUCCUAGGACAAUCGCUGAGCGCAUACGCGACUCCGAGACUGUGGAAGGUCCUCAGGAAUUGGCGGCGGCUGCAGCUUUCAUUGAGCGAUGUCUGCAGUGCGUCCCUGAAGACAGGCCAGAUGCUGAGGUCCUUAUAAAGGAUCCAUGGCUUCAGGGAUGA